UUCUUUCAGAAAUAUGGCUACACACACCUUUCUGCAGGAGAACUGCUUCGUGAUGAAAGGAAGAACCCAGAGUCACAGUAUGGCGAACUCAUUGAAAAAUACAUUACAGAAGGAAAGAUUGUGCCAGUUGAGAUAACUAUCAGUUUAUUAAAGAGGGAAAUGGAUCAAACAAUGGCUGCCAAUGCUCAGAAGAAUAAAUUCUUGAUUGAUGGGUUUCCAAGGAAUCAAGACAACCUUCAAGGUUGGAACAAGACCAUGGAUGGGAAAGCAGAUGUGUCUUUUGUUCUGUUUUUUGACUGUAAUAAUGAGAUCUGUGUUGAACGAUGUCUUGAGAGGGGAAAGAGUAGUGGUAGAAGUGAUGACAACAGAGAGAGCUUGGAAAAGAGGAUUCAGACUUAUCUUCAGUCAACAAAGCCAAUUAUUGACUUAUAUGAAGAAAUGGGGAAAGUCAAGAAAAUAGAUGCAUCUAAAUCUGUCGAUGAAGUGUUUGGUGAAGUUGUGAAGAUUUUUGAUAAAGAAGGCUAACUCUAAACCUGAAAGCAUCCUUGAAAUCAUGCUUGAAUAUUGCUUUGAUAGCUGCUAUCCAACCCCUUUUUAAGGCAGUUUUAAUCUUUCAAAAUUACAUCUCAAUUAAUAGCUACAAAAUACAUAGUCAGACAUUAAAUUUUUAAUUUUCUUCUUUUGGUCACAAGAGAAGAUAAUGAAUUCAGGUUUAACUUCAUCUUAGUUACUGUGGUGCUCACAA